CGGACUAUUCGACAGAUCUUGCUACUCUGAAUGACCUGACUCUCUAUUUUGGACAACUGAUACACCUAUCGAUUGGAUAUCGACGACAUGGAUCGCUGUAUAAAUUGUACGAUUGCGAUUGGUCGCAGUAAUCCUAUAGGGAGAAAAGUCUUGGAGAAUGAGGCGAUUUUAACAGUUUUUCAUCAGUGGCGAAAGUGGUGCCCAAGACAAUACAAACGAAGGAAAGGGAGACAGCGUCGUAGAUGGGAAGACGAUUUCAAAACAAUAGCGGGACAUAAUUGGAUGAGACAAGCGCAGAAUCGCAUCCGAUGGCGAGCUCUAGGGGAGGCCUAUGCUGGACAGCAAGACAAUCUUCAUGUACCGGUGUCAAAUAGAGGCAAAUUCAGAAGAAACAACCAAUAAUAACGGAAAUACUAAUAAUAACAACGAUGACGGAGGUGAAUCAGAUUCAAUACAAGUAGUUCAAAGAGAUGCAGUAACAAAUAUACCCACCCUAAAUGAUAUUCAUGAGGAAAAACUUCAAGAAGAUGAUACAGAUACUGCUUUACAGCAAGAAAUGAUGAGAAAUAUCGAUACAACUGAGGCAAAUACAAGGUAUGACAAGAUUUUUGAUCAGAUGAAUAAUGACUCUACUGACACAGUAUUGGAAAACCCAGAGGAUAACAUCACAGAGUUAUCUUUACCUGCUGACACUUUCACAGAAAUGCAAAAUGACGAACAUAAUAAAAAGGAAUCUAACAAUAAUAAAGAAGGUAUAAAUCAAACCGAUAUCAAUGAUGAAAAAAGUCAAGCAGAUAAUGUUAAUGCUGAAAAUAAUGAUUGGAGAAGUGCUGAGAAAUCUGAUGCCUCAGGAGAGAAAUUUUCAAAUGAAGGAAAUGUACCGCGUGCAGAAACUAGUAUCGAAGGUGACCUUGAAGAGCUUAGCACUGAAGGAUAUUUGGAUAAGAAAGUUAGUGGAAGUUUUGAGAUACCAGAGCAAAGGCAGCCUGAAAGACGGGCACAAUUUGGUGGAAGGUUCAUGCAUGCCCAAAACUACGUAGCGCACGAUGACCAUACAUCAAUUUUAGAACCAGGCCCUAUGAGAAGAUUCGGUGAUGUAUCAGUACCUCAGUACCGACCCGUAUUGACUAGAAGUGGAUUCGUUUUCUCCCCGUCUCUGUAUCCAAUGCAGCCGGGGGCUUCAUUGUUAGAGCGGUUGGCGGGACGCUCGUUUUUCCCUCACAUUUCUCCUCACAUAAACAUGGGGCAGGAACAUUUUCACAAGCAGCGAAAAACGGAGACUAGAGUAAUUUCAGUACCUCGGUAUGAAGAUUCAAAAAUGAUGGAUGAUUACAAUGACUAUGGGCCAAAUACUAACACCUACUCCUACACCCCAGUGAGGAAAAUAACGACGCAAGCGCCCUUGCAUCAAAUCGCCGCUCCAAACAAAUUCAAUGUUUUUCAAAAACUAGCAGAAGCCUCAAAUCAUCCUCAGCCUCUAAGAAGAUCAUUUAACGACUUUUCCAGUUCUCAAAGACAAUAUUCUGAUAAUUAUGGACCAUAUGGACGAAGAAUGUAUUAAAAUGUAAUAAAAGUGAU